UGAUAAUGGAAAUUUAGAAAAUAAAACGUUUAUUUUAGUGUGAUUUUCGUGAUUUUUUUAGUGAAAAGUGACACAAAAUAUGGAUUAUGAGAGCGUAGUCUACAAUGCUGCCCGUGAUGGCAACCUAAACAGGCUUAAGGGCCCAGCAUAAUUUUUCAAAUGUGCAAUGUUUUGCGGACCCUGAAUUGUAAAAUUCAUUAUGGACCCUAACCAAGGCAAUUAUGAAUAAACUAGCCACAACAGAAAGAGCAAUGUUAGGUAUACGACUGUCAUACAGAAAGAGGAACGACUGGAUCUACCUACACUGUAACAAAGGCAAAGACGAGGUGUCCAUGCUAGUGGCGGCGAAGACUUCAGGGGCCACCCCCUUGGUUAUAGCUUGCCGGAAUGGACACUAUGACGUUGCUGAGUACCUUAUAGAAAAAUGUCAUGCCGAUAUAGAACAGCCUGGGUCAGUAAUGUUCGACGGCGAAACCAUAGAGGGCGCGCCGCCGCUAUGGUGCGCGGCGGCAGCUGGGCAUCUCGAUAUCGUAGUAUUGCUAAUUAGGUACGGGGCCAAAGUCAACACCACCACACGUACCAACUCCACCCCCCUUAGGGCUGCUUGCUUCGACGGCCACAUGGACAUCGUCCUGUACCUUGUUCAGCACGGAGCCGACAUAGAAGUAGCUAAUAGGCAUGGUCACACCUGCUUGAUGAUCGCCUGUUAUAAGGGCCAUAUCAACAUAGCCAAAUAUUUACUUAGUCUAAAUGCCAGUGUUAAUAGGAAAAGUGUUAAGGGAAAUACGGCGUUGCACGAUUGCGCUGAAUCCGGAAGUCUGGAAAUUUUAAAAUUGUUACUUGAACACGGGGCGAAAAUGGACGUAGAUUCUUAUGGAAUGACACCAUUGAUGGCCGCCGCAGUGACGGGACAUAAUCAUAUAGUAGAAUAUUUAAUUAAGAUUCCUGAUCUAGUAUCUAGAAAAGAACGUAUCGACGCUAUAGAACUGUUAGGUGCAACUUGUGUGGAUAAGAAACGUGAUAUGAUAGGUGCUUUAGAAUUAUGGAGAAUAGCUUUACAUGAAAGGUACUUUUACGAUCCCAAACAUCCGAUCGCAAAACCACCAUCCCAAAAAGUACCUGCAUACGAUAACGUCCAAGAAGUAAAUGAUAUUGACAGCCUCGAUGACCUGCUAGCUGAUCCCGAUCAAAUGAGAAUGCAAGCGUUGGUCAUGCGAGAAAGGAUAUUGGGACCGGCCCAUCCUGAUACCAGUUAUUAUAUUCGUUAUAGGGGUGCAGUAUACGCAGAUGCAGGUAAGUUCAACAGAUGUAUCGAACUGUGGAAUUACGCUUUGGACAUGCAACAGUCGAUGUUGGAAAGGCUAAAUCCAAUGACGCAGAGUAGUCUAUUCAGCUUUACGGAAUUAUUCUCGUUUAUGAUGUGCGAAGAGGGCAAACACAGAGGAACGAGGGGACGAGUUGUGCCUUCCGUCGAAGUUGCGGAGAUAUUGAGGGUAUUUAAUAAGGCCGUUAGAGAAGUAGAAUUAGGAAGUAUAGCAAUAGACAGAAUGCCGAAUUGUAAGGGCGAUGUAAAUUAUUUAACUCGAGUUAUGGUAAUAACCCUCCAUCUGGCCUGUUUGCUGACUCGCCUUUUAGACCACCACACGAGCAGCGAAGAAGUUACCAAGGAAAUCCACCAGGCAAUCUACAAUUUAGUCAAACUGAAGGUUAAAGCAAAGUCUGGACGAACGAUGUUGCAUUUAGCUUGCUGUAGGGACGUAGCGAUUUUAGGAAGGUAUCCAGCUUGUCAAUUCCCGUCUCCACAUCUAGCAGAGGUAUUACUGAGAGUAGGCGCCGAUCCAAACCUAAAGGACGACGACGGCAACACCCCGCUCCACCUUACCGCCAUGGCCAAACCGUGUCCAUCGUCGGUGGUUCAGGUGCUGCUCGCCAACGGUGCUCACAUCGACACCGUGAACAAUGCCGGCCAAACGUUCGCCGAUCUGUUGAAGGGUCAGCCCGUGCACCAAUUGGUCAACACGGCGAAAUUCACGAGACUGAGUUGCGCAGCCGCGCGAGUGAUAAAACAGUUCAAAAUACCGUACAGGGGGAACGUGCCCUCUAAACUCGAGUCGUUCAUUGCGUGCCACUGAAUUGAUGAUGAUUUAACUGUUUUUGUGAUUUAAGUAAGUUCUUUUUUGUAAAUGUCGGUAAAUGCAUGUGAGUCGACUGGUUAGAGAUUUUUUUGAUUGAUUGGAAGGUGAAUUUACUGGGAAUAUGGGAUUAAAUUAAUAUAAAAUAUUUCUAUAUAUAAAAUUCUUCCGAAUAUUUGACAUGUAGCAUGGUUAAAGACUGUCUCAAAGUACACCAUCAUACUUUUCUCUGUUUAAGUGGACUUUUACUUACUAAAUUGAAAAAAAAGACAAUUUUUAAAGAAAAAACUAUGGUUACAUUUUUUUAUACAUCGUUAAUACCGUUUCGAGGUACACAAGAAAAAAUGAAUGGCACUCUUAGUUGUUUUUCGCCACUGCAUAGGUUGUCUUCCAAAAGAUGCAUUUUAAUUUGCGACACUUUUCUGCGUUCCUGUAACAUUUUUUUUAAUACCAACGGUAUUCCAUUCCUGAGACUUAAAAGUAAUAAAUCAACUUUUAAAGUGUUAAUUUUUCUGUAUUUUUAUGGCUUUUACACUCGAUUUUUUAACACGUUUGAGAAAACGUCUGUUUUGGGGAUGAAUUUACCCCUGUACUAAAACAGUGGGGCUUUUCAAAACUUUUUAGAGCUUCGACGAUAUUUUCCGACCAACUCUUUGCUAUUUCUGCAAUUUUUAUUACCAUAAGGUGCAUACGAUGCAUCACUAGAUUUUAAUUUGUUUGCCGAGGAACUGGGUAAUUCAGAAUUGAUUUCUGCUGUAAACUGAUUGCUUUUAAAUUAUCUUUUAAUGUUAUGCUUAUUUCGAUGCGACCCCUUACUUCAACUGCCUUUUAAAUUACGACCAGAUCCAGACAUUUGGGACCGUUCAAGUAUUACGCAACGGGGGGGGGGGGGUCAAAAUCUUCAAAAAUUGCGUUACGUAAUCGUUAAACGCCCACUACAGUGCGUUACGUAGGGGGGAGGGGGGUCAAAAAUCGCGUUACGUAAUACUUGAACGCUCUCUUUUUCGAAUUUUUAAAACAAUAAUUUUCGAUAAAUUUCAACAAUGUAAAUAACACGUCGUCACUUUAUAAGUUUUAGAACCCAACUGUCCAGUUGCAGCUGCACAGGUCAGGAGUCGCGCACGUUGUUAUAUACAAACUAGUCUUAGCUCAGAUAGGUGCCGUUAUAAAUACAGCUAUAACUUCGUUUCUACUUCGAAUAUCUUAAUAAAAUUUUAGAACUGUAUUUGUAUAAUAAAAAAAAACAAAAAUCGAUCUUUUAAAUCAGAAAGUAAAGGUAUCCUUAAAUAGCGAAUAGCAAGAUGUUGUACUUUUGUGACUGACAAUUUUAAAUAUUUGACCAAGAAAAAAAUUAGUCUAUAGAAAUCCUUGCAAAGCCAUUUGAAAAUAGGACGUUUUUACUUCUUUAAUUGUACCCUUGUCUUCUGUAUUGACAAUUAUCUCUUUUUUUAUAACUUGAUAAUACUUCUCGAUCACAUAAUCUCUAAAAUUUAUAAUUUUCUGUGGAAAUAAUAACAUUCAUGUGUAAAAAAUUAACCUCUAUUUAAAAAAAAAUUAAUCUUUGUUUACCGUUUUUACUUAAAAGGCCGAAAAUUGUUGCUUCUUUUUGAGAAGAUGUUUGAUCUGUGGACACCUUAAAAAUGACUUCAAAAUUGUGUUCAAUAUGUUUAAAAAAUUUUUUAACUGCAGGGGCGUCAUUUGAAAUUUUGAUUGGGGAAGGGGAAGCAUUAUAUAUAAAAUACAUUAUAAUAUUAUAUAUUAUAUGAUGUAAUGAUGAAAAUUGAUGUAAUUUUUGUAAAUUGCAGUCAUUUUCAGGGUCCCCCCUGACCCUAUCAAAUGACGCCCCUGCACUUUUUACAUUUAUGUUCGUUUGGUUUCGUUUUGUUUUCGGACACUGAAAAGGCUGGGUCAGUAGCGACCCCACGUUGUGGUUCUAGGGUUAAUUUUGUAGAAACUAUCUGAUUUCCCUACUCUUCAUCCUCAAUUUUCUACUUUUGGCAAAAUCAGCGAAAAAAUCUAGGAAAAAUUAAUAAACAAUCACGUGAAAUAUUAAUUUUUAUGUAUAAUGUUUAAUCCCAUCAAACUAAAUUAUAAUACGAAGCAAAAUCAAAAAACAUUUUAACCAGAUUGGACACGACUUUCGUUUUGUUAUAAAAUAUAGACUUUUUGAAGAAAAGUGCAUAUAUUUGUUGAACAUCGUAAGGUUCAGAAUUUCUUAGUUUCUGGGCUAAUUUUUGUGUUUUAUUUUGAAAAAAAAAACUUGUUAAUGUUUAAAAAUAGUAAUUUUACAGAAUGUGGCAUGUAUAUAUUCAGAUGAAAAUAACAAGAUGGGUACCUAUAGUAAACGCAGAACUGUUAUAAUUCGUUUAUAUCUCUAUUAGAAAUGUUUUACAUUGAACGACGAACAGAUACCGCCUCCACUAAUAUUAACUAGUGAUGGUACUCACUAUGUAUCUUUGGUCGCGGUAAAUAUUUUCUUUUGAAAAUUUUACUGUGGCAUCUCUGAAGAAUUUUGAUAACAGUGAGAUUUGUCCGAGAGGUUUAUACAAAUUAAAAAAGGAGUUGCUAAUUUUUAAACAUUUUGUCGUCAGUUCUCGUUAGUUUCAUGUUUGCUCAUAAAAGUCGGGUAACAAACUUUUUAGUUUAUAAUUUUAAUCAACACAGCAUUAAAACAUAUGUUAUGAAGAAGUUUUCUGGAAAAUCUCAAGUCAAAAUAUGCAAUAGUAAAAAAGUUAUGUGAUCUUAUAGACAAGUGGCAUUCUCCAAAAAAAAAACGCUUAUUUCUCGAGAUACGGAGCACAGUGUGGUAAAUGGCUAAUUUUGGUCUUACUUUAUGUUUUUGAUGGUGCUGAAAACGAAAAUGAGGUUUAUUUUGAAUUUUAGAUGGAGAACAUUGUCAAAAUCGCAAUUUUACCAUAAAAAAAAUGAAAUCACGUUUUUCUUAAAAUUAAAAGUUGCACCAUUUUUUUUUUCUAUAAAACGUAAAACCCUAAACUUAAUUAAUAAGUUAAAUUUCAAAUUUUGUCACUCAACUUUUGCGAUUAAACUUUGCAAUUCGGGAAUCUGCAUCUUUUACUUUAAACAAUUCAUAAUUUUUAUUAUAAUAAGAUAGAGAGAUUGAAACUAGUCCCAUUAUCUUCAGAAAGGUGAGAAAUAUAUACUAGAAAAAUGUCAGAAAAUAUAAAAUAUUAAAAUGGAACAAUGUAAAAUUGCGAUUUUGACAAUGUUCCUCCACGUAAAAUUCAAAAUGAACUUAAUUUUCGUUUUCAGCAACAUCAAAAACAUAAAGUAUGACCAAAAUUAGCCAUUCUCCACACCGUGGUCACUAUCUCGAGAAAUAAGCUUCUUUUGGGGUGUGCCGCUCGUCUAAGUCACAUAACUUUUUUCCUAUUGCAUAUUUUGACUUAAAAUUUUCCAGAAAACUUCUUCAUGAAUUAUAUUUUAUUGCUGUGGUGGUUAAAAUUAUAAACUAAAAAGUUUGUGCACUCAACUGUUUUAAGUAAAUAUGAAACUAACGAAAUUUGACGACAAAAUGUUAAAAAAUUAACAACUUCUCUUUUAAUUUGUUUAAACAUUUUGGACAAAUCUCAUUGUUAUCUAAAUACUUCAAAGCUGACAUGGUAACAUUUUCAAAAUGAAAUAUUUACAUCGACCGAUACAGCGAGCUAAAGUUGAAAAAUCAUCAAAAUUGAUUUUUCGCAUUUGUGCAUAAAAUUUGAUUUUUAACAUGUUCCACCAAUUCUAGAUAAAAAUAAACUUCAUAUUCGUAUUCAGCGACCUCGAAAACAUAAAGAAUGACCAAAAUUGGUCAUUCACCUUAAAGUUGAUUUUCGUGGUCGGUAUAACGUAAUUUUAGGGGUUGCUGCCGCUCGCCUAUUAGACGUGAUAGUGACUAGGAUCGAUCCCCAUUGCAGCCAGAAAUUUCUCAAAUGUCGUAAUGUCAAAUGGAAUAUAAAAUCCCAAUUCGAUUUUCGACUUCCAAUUGGAAAAGAAUGUACAACAUGAGGAGACGAGAAGGGAAACAAGGAGUAUAUUGACUUUUAAGCGCCUACCAAGCUCUAAUUAUAUGUACCAGUACUCCUUGAUCUACUUUACCGCAAAGAUAAUGACACAAACUAAUAAGAAUUCUAAGAAAAUAGAAGAAUCGUAUAAAUAUUUUCAAAAAUCGUAACCGAACGGAAAACACAGGUACAGUUGAAUAAGAGCAUAUAAAAAAGGAAGAGGAAAAUAAUAUGUAAAACAUAAAUUGCAUAGAGUUAACACAUUAAACUAACUAAGACAGUUCAUCAGUCUGACAAAAUGAGGCUAAAACACAUAAAUACGAACUUUGAUCACAAAUCCCAAAGAAGACAACAAAUCAAUAAGUUAUAGAUUUGUAAGAGAGUCUAUCGGUAACACCAAUAACAAAGUAGUAAACUAUAUGUUAAUUCUGACCUAUACUUCGUUCGCUUCCAAGGUAAGCUAAGACGCUUGUUCGUUGGGUUUGUCGUAUCGUCGCAGCUUGUCGUUGGUUAGAAGUUAAUUAAAAUUAAUUAGAAAUUAAUUUCUAACCAAUGACAAGCUGCAAUGACACGACAAAUCCACUAAUCAGGCGUCUGAAACUGACGUCUUAGCUUAGCUUGAAAGCGAACGAAGUAUAGAAGCCGACCUAACAGUCGAGAGCUGAAAGAGAAAAUCAAAAAACAGUACUGGAGCAUUGUCCCUCAAUAUUUAACGCUAGCUCAUCAAAAAUAUCUCACGUUACAUAAUAGUUCUACGUUUGCUACUGUAAUUAUGAGUACUUUUUAUUUAUUAGUCUUUUCAACUAAAUCUAAAACGCCACAAUUUGUAGUGUAGUGACUUCCAAUAAUUGUAUAUUAAUUAUUUGAACAAACAAGUAGUGUUUAAAAUGCCAGUUAACUAUUUUUCUUCUCGGGUACAAAAUAGUAGAUUUUCAAUUGCUACCUAGUAUAAAAAUAAUAAGAGUCAUUUAUUAAUAACGAAUAAAGAACUUAUUACUAUCAGAAAUCACGAUAUAUACCGAAAUAGGUCUCUCCCAUUUUGUGUUGGUUGUUACAAAAAAAAAUAAGAUCGAGAGAUGUUACUGAAUAAAUAAAAUGAACAUUAAUAAUUAAUAUACUCUAUAAUACAAAAUACAAAGUUCAGUUAAUCUCUCUUUGUCUUAUCUCAGGGGUUCACAGUUGGUUCACAGAGGGGGAUCCUGGAUGAUUCUGAGCAUUAAAACAACCUAUAGAUUGAUAUGAACAUUUAUUUAAACAUAAAUCAAAACAUAAAAUGAAACAAAAUAGGGGAAUUGUAUCAGAAUAUAAGGAAAAUGUAAUGACUAUUGAAACUAUUAAAUACAAAAUAUUGUUAAGACUUAAAAGACCUAACUUAUCACAUACAAUACACCCUGAUGAAUAAAAUGUACCUACGUUCAGCAAGAAUCAGAUAUGUACAGUAAAUAUACUAUAUUAGUAUGUAUUAUUAUCAGAUAUUGUUAAUAAUUAAUACCAUGAAGUGUCAAAUACCUACUUCUUGGAAGUCUACCUGUGGAAUUAAUGAAGUACAAUAAAUAUACCCUGUAUUCACUCUGUUAAUAGAUUAAUAUCCUCGUAUAGCGCUAUAUUCAGGUGUACAAUGAGGGUAACAGGAAGGACUUAGAUCUGAACAAAAUGGUAGGUAUAGACACAGUAUAGGAUAUAUGGAAUAUAUCCUAUAAGAGGUGAUAUUGUUAAUACUGACUUCCUCUUCUUGCUUACGGGUCUUGUAGAUAUAUAUUCUAGAUGUGGUGACUGGUUACUACUACAGGUGAUAUGUACUACUGUUGCCAGUCACUAGCACUAGAUAGUGGUUGCUAGGGGGCCACUAGCUGUGUCCUCAAGAAGUUGGCCUACCAAGGAUAGAAAAUAGGGAGUCAGUAGAGACUAGACAGUAGAAACACAAGAUACUAUAGAAAUAAUAAUAGGUUUAAUGAUAGUUACCUCUGUUGUUAUGGGGCCACAAGGAGGGGUUGUCACAGGAACUUUCCUCGACCGCGAAUGAUGGACAAGUCUAGGAAAGACACAGGACAUUAGUCCAAGCGUACAACAACAACGUAUAAUCUUCUAAAAUAUUCACGUGUCCCAAGCUGAGGUUAUGUCUACUCUGAGAACUAAAUUAAACGUCCAUCAGCACAACAAAAUAUUUACAGCUUAAAUCCGUCACUGACACAAGCCCUUCAAUUGACGAUGAGUUUUCAUAAACUCAGCUGAAUUUUCAAUGAUGGAAACGGAUUAGAAAAAUCCCACACUUUUAAUCUGACCUCCUCUCAGAUCAACCAAAGACAGGAUCUCAUCCGUCUUCCCUUAUGUCAUUCGAUUCUAAAACGAACGGAACCACGGUUGAUUUAGUCACGUGACAAGGACCUAUACAAGGACUGUGAGCGAGGAAGAGAUAGCAGCACACACAUUUCUACGUUCUGACAUUCCUAAAACAGAACCAUUUUGCGAACGAACCAACUAUCUCAUAGCAAUUAGCAUAGGCGUAACCAGGGGGGUUUUGAAGUAUUUAAAUGAUUUGUGAAAAACCGUAACAUGGUGGUCGUCCUGUGCUGCAAGAAAUUAUUCUUAUGGCCCUUAUGAUUGGCACAAGUCAGAGUCGAAACUAUCAAACAAUUUCUGAUUCAUCGUAUUCCACAAUAUCUCAAUAACAAUAACAUUAAGAUCUGGACUGUUCGAAGACCAUGAGAGGACUUUAAUGUUAUUGUCUUCAAACCAUUUUCUCGUUGUUUUAGCCGUAUGGCAUGCAGCACCGUACUUCUGGUAUAUAAAAUUCAAGUCUUCUACAAUUGAUUGAUACUUUGCACCCUCAAAAUCAUAAUUACUUUGGGAAACUUCACAGUUCUUUAAGGCAAUCUUUAUGAAAUACUUCAUUUCCAUAAAAACAUAUUCCCCGACUAACUAGAGCUCUGAAAUUUUCAGAAUAGCUCAGAGCUCGAUGACAAUGCAAUAUUCAACAGCUUUAACAAAAGUGCAUUGAGUUUUCUUAUUUCAAAAAAUCAUAGUUAUUUUAAUAGUGUUGUACUAGAACUUAUAUGCCUUAUCUACAUACCUAACAUCCAAUAUGGUCUAGUGGCUAAGAUAUAUCUGGCUUUCGCCCAGAGGCUCGGAUUCGAUUCCCGGUAUCGGAAAUCCUUUUUGUUUUUAAAUUGACAUUUUAAUUUGAAAAAUAUUUAUUUUUUUUAUAUUGUAUCCUAUCAAUUAUAAUAUAAUACAAACGUGGUACAUAUUAUAAAAAGUUCCUUUUUAUAAAAUUGUAAUUAUUUUCACUUCUGAUAACCAGUUUUCGAAAGUCCCCUGAAUAUUACCCUGGACCAGUCAUCAAAGGUCUUAUCAGUUCGAAAGAUGUGUCUUAUCAGUUGUAACAUUACAGUCACAAAGACAAUAAGUUGUAAUAAUAAAAACGAUAAGUGUUUAUGAAAUGAACUAUGUCACGAAAAAAAAUAUGCAUUUUUAUUAUUUUUAUACCUAGGUAGUAGCAAAAUCCCUUUAGAUUAAACCCUAUAUUCAUGAUCAACCCCUAUUGAUAUAAAAGUAGAUCAGCUUGUAUCAUACAGUUAAAAUCCCGACGAAAUUGCUUCACCUAUAGUCUUUUAUUUUAUUACUGCCCUAAAGAAACUGCUGAAGCAUUUGAAUCGAAAUAAAAUGUGAUAUAAUUGUACUAUUUACAAAAAAUAAUAUGCACAGAUAUCGGCAAAUAUUUUUGACUGUCUCUGUCUGUUGAUAUUCUUGUAAGUAAAUUAUUAAAAAAAAGAAGUCGUACAAAAAUUACUGAAUGUUUUAAAAUUAGAUCAAUAUUGGUACUUUAAUUUAAUUCUAGAGUACAGUUACUUCUUAGAGAGUUUUUUAAAAGUCCCAAGUUUUUGUUUUGAGCAAAAACUUUAAGAAAACUUUUACUUUUACUUCCGUUUAGUAUUGUUCUGAAGCUAUUUAUUUGUGGCAUUUAUGUAAUUUAUUAUUCUAAUUAAGAAAUAAGCCACAAUUUAACUUGAAAAAUGAUUUUAUUAACGUUUCGACUUCCACUUCGGACGUCGUUCAUUUUGACAACGACGUCCGAAAUGGAAGUCGAAACGUUAAUAAAAUCAUUUUCCGUUUAGUAACCUAGAAGAAAUCGUUAGGUCGAAAUCGAUUGUUAAAUCAGUAAAUUGUUAUUUUUUAUGGAAUAAAGAAAUAAAAUUAAUGCAGACUGAAACGAAAACAACAAAAUGUUUCUUCAAGCUUAUUACAUCUAUUAUUUUGUUUUGGGAGGGGAAUUCAUUGCUCACUGAACAUAUCAGCAAAAAAUCAGUUUAUAACGUUCUACGACGUCUUACGACUCCCAAUUGCCAUAACGUUACACAUGUCUUCGCUCAAGACUCUUUCUCUAAUUUCCCUAUGAAUUACUUCUGUCCGACUUUUCCUAGGUCUUCCUCUUUUCCGCCGUCCUUUUGGUGCCCACCAUAGUACUGGCUUGGGUAAUCUUUCGUCUUCCAAUACGUUGUACGUGGCCAAACCAUCUUAGUUGCUUUGUUUUAUAUCGUCAAUUAUAGUAUGUGUGGCCACACGCUUGAAUUACUAUUUUACCAUUUUUUUAAUUGCUAAUUUUAAAUAUUAACUUUCCUUUCUAAACGAAAUAAUAUGGGUCAUUUAAAAUUCACAAGUGUUUCGUUCCUAAUAUACAAACCAUAUGCAUAGAAGGGCCUGUUAAGUUUUAAGAAACGAAAUAUAUCCCUAUUUCAGGUAACAUGCCUUUGCAGUUUUAAAAACACCAGAUCUAAUAAAUUGUCGCCUGUCUGGCCAUAUGGUAGAACCACAUAACGACAGAUUAGUGUUUGUGGUCUAGUUCAGUCGAUACACAGCUGGCAGUCCGGUCAGUCAUAAAACCCUCGCUCGAAAAAAGAAUAACAAACCCUUACGAAAUAUAAGCAAAGCACGCCUUUUUACCAAAAUAAAUAAAUAUAAUAUUGACUGUUGUUUUUACAUUUAUUUUAAUUUCAUUUAAUUGUUUCCGUGGUCAAUAAGAUCACACACGCAACCACCACAUCACGGAACAUAUGCUUUACAUCCAUUAUCUCCAAUAUUCUUGUAUUUCUGAUUUAAUCUCUUCUUGAUAUACCAGCAGCUCUUCUCCAGAAAUCCAUUUCAGUUGUUCUGAGCAGAAGAUGAAAAAUCAUUUUCUUGGAAUGCCAUAGCGCUUCUAUCACUGAUCAUUUUUUUCUGGAAUAGGAUCAACGAUUUUACAAAAUAAUGUAAGCAAUAGAGUUUAAAAGGGUUUAUUUUACUGUUGGCUUUCUACUGAGUUCGUUGAGUACUUGAGAAGCCAACAGCUCACCUUACUCUUAAAAAAAAACUACCUGCAAGGGUAGAAAAAAGUCAAAAAUUGCCUAAAAUGAGUCGAUCUAAAUCUGGAAAUCGAUUAUUAAUAAGUUUUAAUUGUUGCAUGCUCAAAAAACUAGUUUUCUCCGUAGUUUAACAGUCCUUUGGGGAUCUAUGAGUCGUUUUGGUCUACCAGACUUCUUUUUUAGUAUUCUUAUUUUCUGUCUAAACCCUUUUCAUUUUUUAUUAUAUCCAUUUUUCUAAUUGUUUUCAGUGUUUUUAACAUAUAUAGUUAUAAAUUAAAAAGGGUAGUUCCCUGGGUUGGCUGUAUACCAUAUAGUUAAACAAACUCUAACAUGAAGUAAAACCACUUCUACAGUCGGAAAAAUGAAAGAAUACCCAUGAACGAUCACAUCAAUCACUUAUUUUGUAUUUGCUGUAUUUUUCUAUAAAUAACGUUUGUUAUAGAAAAAAACAGAAAAUACAAAAUAAAUGAUUGAUGUGAUCAUUCAUGGGUAUUCUUUCAUUUUUUGGACUGUAUGUAAUAGGUAUAAUUUACUAAAAUCUUAAAAAAUUCCAAUGGAUUGAAUAAAAUAUGUUCAGAACGAACGUUUUCGGACCUAUCAGUCCAUCAUCAGUGAACUCAUAUACUUGCUAACUAGCCGCAGAACCAAACAAUGGUUGUAAUUAUAAUUCAGUCUACAUUAUAAUGUUGUAAAAUUGAAAAGGCUAAACGCCGAUGUUAAUAGAUAACCUCUGGGUACAUGGUCUAUGUUCCCAUCGGCGUUUAGCCUUUUCAAUUUUACAACAUUAUAAUGUAGAUUGAAUUAUAAUUACAACCAUUGUUUGGUUCUGAGGCUAGUUAGCAAGUAUAUGAAUUCACUGAUGAUGGACUGAUAGGUUCGAAAACGUUCGUUCUGAACAUAUUUUAUUCAAUCCAUUGAGAUUUUUUAAGAUUUUAGUAAAUUAUACCUAUUACUAUUACAUAGAAGUGGUUUUACUUCAUGUUAGAGUUUGUUUAUAUAUAGUUAUCGUUUUUCCCACUAAUGUCUUUCCGGGGUGUACCUAGAACAUUUUUUGGGCCACAAUAAUUCUCCAUUCGUUUUAUGUCCUCUCACCAACGAUUUCUAUUUAAAGGAAUGAGAAGUCCCAGAUCCGUAAAUCUGAAAAUUCUCGUGGAACCAAUUUCUGGCUACUUCCUUUAUUUCUGCCUUUUACAAUUUAUAAGACAAGGAGACGACGAAUAAAGAAGACGAAAGGGACUUUACAAUAUGCAAUCACAUUCCAUCUACUCGUCUAGGAAUAAUUCCAGCGAAAGUUGCGACCCCACGAAUGGGAGCCAUUUAUAUAGCCCGCCUAGACACGUUAAAUUAAAUAAACAAAAAAAUAUAUUCAAACAGUCUAGUUUCCUAAACAGGUGCAAAAUUUAUGUAGGUCAUAGGCAUGAUGUUCUUGAUGCUACUUUUUGGGAUUCCCCGGUAAGCUACGGUCUUCAGAGAUUAAAGGGGUGGGUUUUUAAAAUAACAAUUAUUAUUAAAAGAUAUUAUUGGGCGCCAUUAAUAAAUCAAAAUAAAAUUACUGCAAUGUGCUUAUCCAAAAUUAAAGAAAUGUAAAUAAUGUUCACUUGAACAUAGCAAAAUUUUGGUUUAAAAAAAUGAGUUUUUAUUUUAUUAUAAAGUUGGGAAACUCGCUCCGCGAACUUGUAUUAAUUUCUUCUUAAGAACAACAUAACGAAACUGUUCCUUCUAAUACGCGGAACUAGACACAAAACAUACUAUCGUGGUAUUCACUGUAACCAACAUUUGUUUUCUCACCAAGAAAACAGACUAAAUAGAUUGGAGUUCACUCCAUCUGGUAACUCAACUUGUCUUACAGACAAUAAACCAAAACUGUCUCGC